CACUUUUAGAUAGAAAAUGGGACGGCAAACGACGACAUCUGCCUCGAAGGCUUGAACCGAUAAAGAAAGGCCACUGGUACUCCCAGGUCAAUCGUCACGCUGAUCUGUCCUCCUCCAUCUCCAUGAAGAUUGAAGAAGACCCCGUCGUUUCUCUUCAUUUCUCUUCUUCCCCCUAAAUUUAGGUUCUAAAAACUAAUCUUUCAUUCUAGGAUUGAAUCUUUAUAUUUUAUUCUCUCUUCAGGACUCACAGUCCCUACAUUUUCAACUCCUCUUUUUAUUAUUAACCCUCUUCUCUCCUGCACAAACCCUACUCAAUGGCCAAAACUAGACCUGGCAAAAGGGACAUAGAUUCCUACACCAUUAGAGGCACCAACAAGGUUGUCAGAGCUGGGGACUGCGUGCUGAUGCGACCAUCGGACACGGGUAAGCCCCCAUAUGUGGCGCGCAUAGAAAAGAUCGAGAUGGAUGGUCGGAACAACGUGAAGGUGAGGGUGAGGUGGUACUAUCGGCCCGAGGAGUCAAUCGGAGGGCGGAGACAGUUCCACGGAGCCAAGGAACUCUUCUUGUCCGACCACUAUGACGUGCAGAGCGCCCACACUAUCGAAGGGAAGUGCACCGUUCACUCUUUCAAGAACUACACCAAGCUUGAGAAUGUUGGGGCUGAAGAUUACUAUUGCCGAUUUGAGUACAAGGCUGCUACUGGAGGGUUCACUCCCGACCGAGUGGCCGUGUACUGCAAAUGUGAGAUGCCUUACAACCCGGAUGACCUCAUGGUGCAAUGUGAGGGGUGCAAGGAUUGGUAUCAUCCUGCUUGUGUGGGCAUGACCAUUGAAGAAGCUAAAAAAUUGGAUCGCUUUGUGUGUUCUGAAUGUUCAUCUGAUGAGGAUGUUAAAAAACCCCAGAUUACAUUUUCAGCAUCACCAGCUGCUGAUGCCAAGGUGGAGCCCAAGCGUCGGAGGAGAUGACCACAAUUGAGGGAUUGCAGGAGGAGACAACUAUUUGCGUGAGGAAGCGGCUCUUUAAGUGUUGUUUUGUUUAAUGUACAGCGUAGACUGGCGCCUGCUAGUAACUUGUGUAUUUGACAGAGAUAUAUAUAUGUAUCUCUGCUAGGUUAAUUAAAAUGCUGGACUUCUUUCAUUCUUCCCAAAAAGAUCAGAUUUCAGUUCAACUGUCGAUUUAGAAGAACACAUUGAACUGAAGGCAUUUAAGUGAAAAAGAAACCAGAUUCUGAACUUCUUGUAAUGGAUUGUGGCUUGCUUCA